AUGGUGUCGAUCUAUCCUGACAGCCCACCGGCCAGGCAGACCAGAGGCCAGGUCAAUCCGACUCUGAUGAUGAGCUGGUGGGCAACGGGCUUCUCGUUGACCAUCAUCGUCAUCCGUCUGUUUGGCCGCUACAAGCGAGUCGAACGCUUGUUCCCUGAAGACAAAGCUAUUAUGAUCAGUGUCAUUCCCCUGCUAGUUCGAAUGAUCCUGGUCCACUUUGUCCUCACGCUGGGGACCAACAACACCGUAACGGACGGGCUAUCAGCGCAGGAGAUCCGCAACAGAGAGCUAGGAAGCAAACUGGUCCUCGCGGCACGCAUCUUCUAUGCGAUCUUUAUCUGGACCGCCAAAGUAGCGGUCUGCCUAUUCCUCAAGCGAGUAACAGGCGUCACCUGGCGCCGCUCAACCACCCUCUUCCUCCGGUUCAUCGGCGUCUUCCUCAUCUCCACGCUAGUGGCAGUGGUCAUCGCCACCUUGGCCGAAUGCCAACCCUUCCAGCAAACAUGGCAGGUGAUCCCAGACCCAGGCCCAACCUGCCGAACCGGCUACGUGAACCUCAUCACAAUGGGCACCUGCGACGUAAUAACCGACCUCCUCCUAAUCGCCUACCCAGUCCCCAUAAUCCUCCUCGCAAGCAUGCCUCCCAAGCGCAAGCUCGCCAUAGUAGUCCCCUUCUGCGGCUCUCUCCUCCUCGUCGGCAUAACCAGCUUCCGCGUCCCAUCCGUCAUAGCACACAAAGGGUCCCAGCAAUAUCGGUCCCUCAUUGCAUCUCUAGAGAUCCUAGCCGCAACUGCCGUGUCCAACGCCCUCGUCAUCGGCUCUUUCGUCCGAGACCGAGGCGUCAAAAAACCGAAAUAUGAUCGCACUCUGGGCUCUGCCUCCGUGUCCGAAUCAAUGGAUCAAUCCCACCGCAGAAAUACAGUCAUGCAGAACCAAUGGGGCUCAGACUCAGACCUGGCUGAUGGGUUGGGCAUUCGUCUCAAUGCCGAUAUCUAUCCGGCCAGAGCGCUUGCGCCCCCGCUUGCCGUCGCACGGACUGGAUCCAUCGAUCCCUCGUGGUCCUUUGACGAUCAUUCGUCAAGUAGCGAUAUCAAGGUUCCGUCCGAGGAUCGGGAGCGUGAUGAUUCACUGCGUCUGUCUUCUCGUAGAGUCUCCUUCUCCGACGUUGGUGGCCUGUUGGCGAAGACUGGUUCAGAGAACCAGACCAAGGACAUUAGUCCGCCGGUUGCGUUGCAUCGUCGCGCGGGUAGUAGGGCUUUCCUUGAGGAUUGGGGAAUUGUGCCGCCUCGGCUGGCUGGUCCGGCGAUAGGUCCAAGACCGAGGCCUUCUUCAGAGGCCACGCUUGGUCCUGUUGAGUUGCAGGAUGUUGGCGGGCUUUUAUCCAGCUCCAGCCGACCUUAG